UGAACUCCCCGUCAGCACAAAGUCAACCAGGAAGACACGACCGAGACUGCUAAACUAACACACCGGCCUCUCGGUUCGUCAAACACUGAGCUUAUUUACGACAGGAGUCGUUUCAGUGUAUUUUUCCGUAACCUUCGUAUUUUAUAUAAGAGUCGUUUUCAAAGCAAAACGAUGGCUUCCCUGUUCAAGAAGAAGACUGUCGACGACAUUAUCAAGGAACAAUCAAGGGAGUUACGUGGCACCCAGAGACAGAUCACAAGAGACAGAGUGUCCCUGGAGAAGCAAGAGAAGCAAAUUGAAGCAGAGAUCAAGAAAAUGGCGAAGAGUGGUAACCGGCAGGCCUGUAAGAUCCUAGCCAAGCAGUUGGUCCAGCUGAGGAAGCAGAAGAACCACACAUACGCAGUCAGCUCCAAAGCCACCGCCAUAUCUAUUCAGACCAAACUCAUGAACUCCCAAAUGAAGAUGGCUGGGGCCAUGUCUACAUCAGCAAAGACAAUGCAAGCGAUAAACAAAAAAAUGGAUCCUCAGAAGACUAUGAAGACCAUGCAAGAUUUCCAGAAGGAAAACAUGAAGAUGGGCAUGACGGAGGACAUGAUAAACGAUACCAUGGAUGACUUCUUGGAUGAAUCUGGAGAUGAUGAGGAAUCUGAGGACAUUGUCAACCAAGUUCUGGAUGAAAUUGGUAUUGAGAUCUCAGGAAAGAUGGUCCGUGCUCCAGCUGCAGGAAAGAGUGUCCCCGGAGCCGCCGCCGAGUCCAAAAAGGCCACUUUGUCCGACGAAGAGAUCGAGAGACAGCUCCGCGCCCUGGGCGUGGACUAACAUCUUUGGAUGCAUCAUCCGUUCUCUUUCGUACGGCGACUGACGCACUGACUUGGUCACUGGUUAAAUUGUUACACGCACACACUCGCACAAACACACACUGACCCAGUCAAUCCAUUGACAGGCCUAUUACUGGUGGAUGAAUGAUCCACACUUGACUCAAAAAAGCUGGAAGCCACCUGCACUCGUGUUUACGGUGCAGCUCAUUCUCUUCAGAAGGGCUACAUACAGUGCAUAUGCAAUUCAUCAUCUACCUUUGCUGAAACUUGACGCUAUACACGAUCAUUUAAUACAUUCUUGUUCACUUCUAACAAGUUUUAUUCCUUUAUUUGGAGGGCAAAAUGGACAUAAGCAAUGAGUGAAGCAUCAAUUGAAACCUCAGCUUCACAAAGUAAUCAGAGAUUAAACUUUGUAAAGAUUUUCUGAGACAACGCAUUUACACUGCUGACUGUUGGUACUAACCAACCACUGUUAGCCAUAGAGUGUUCCAUACUUAGUAAUUACUUGAGGGAUUCUGGGGGUUUCUUAGUUGGUCUUUAUCUUAUUGUAGAAAUCACGGGAGUUCUUCAGUGAUUGGCGGAUGGCGCCUGUCCUGCCGUCCUUCCCUUUCAGCUGCUGUGCAGUUAUGGAUGUUUUUUUUUCUUUCCUUUUUUUUUUGACAAGCUGCUUCUUGCUGCAAACAUACACAAAAACUCAGCAAAACAAUUGUCACUGUGACACAAGAGGUGUUCUUCCUCAAGAGAUGAAGCUGAUUCUGCGCUUUGGUGUCUGGGCUACCAUGAGUGACUUUUCCAUCGUUGUCUUUGGACUUUUUGCUCUUACUUUAUCCCCAUUUUCCCAGACUUUUUUUGUUUUGGGUGCAUGUAUCACACAUGCACAGCAUACAAUUAGUUUCUUCAUUCAGUCCUACAUUUGUAAACAUUUUAAGAAGAUCCAUUGAGCAAAAACAUAUUUGAAAAUAUGAUUGCGUGAGAAUUCUGUUUUAAUUUGUGUGUGCUUGUUUCCUUAAUUACGGGACUCUGUAAAUUGGAUUUUAUAAGUAAUAAACUUUCUUCUGGUACACCA